AUGCUAGACCAUCCAUUCAAAAGGGAUCCUCAAGACAAUCCCUAUUUAAACUGUUCCAUUUUUGAUGGUGCCUCAACUGCCAACUUUAUUUUCCUGGUUUUAAUAUCGAUUGGAAUAUUCAUCAGUUACCUCCCGCAAUACAAACGUAUCUACGAUAAGAGAACCUCCGAAGGCCUCUCCACUGAUUUCUUAUUACUAGGAUCAAGCUCAUCUUUAUUUACACUUACAAAUAUCAUUUUAGUAAGCUCAAGGGCAAGAGAGUGCUGCUACAGCGGUGCCUUGAGUACAUUUAACUGUAUCAGUUCCCAACUCAACCUAUUUCAAAUCUCCAUCCAAUGUGUGUGUGCCAUAUUGAUCUUGGUAUUCGUGCUUUUACUCACCAAAAACUCCAUUAAACAGAACAAACAUGAGUACAAGCGAAUUGUUAGGGUUGGAAAGAUUGUCCUAUUUCAUGGAUUCCUAUCAAUCAUUCAAAUUAUAGCUGGUUACCUCAACUCCACCUCAGUUCUAUUUUCAAUUGCUAAUACUAAUGGGUUGCUAUCAGCUGCUUUAACGGUUGUCAAGUAUGUGCCACAGAUUUACACAACGUACAAUUUAAAACAUCCAGGAACAUUGUCGAUAGGCAUGAUGUGUAUUCAAACCCCUGGUGGGUUUGUAUUUGCUGCGACAUUAAUCUUUACCAAAGGCUCACACUGGAGCUCGUGGGUUAGCUAUUUAGUUGCCGCUUGCUUGCAAGGUACACUUUUGUCGCUCUGUAUUUAUUAUGAGUACAUUGUGGGGAACGAUACUGCCGAGGAGCUAGAGAGGGAGGAGGUGGACAGAAUCGAGGCAGAAAACAGACAAUCAUCAGAUGCAAUUGAAGAGAAUAGAUUACUCGAGCAGCAAUAA